UUGCAAGAGAACGGCUCUAUUAGGAUAACUCAGUACAGAUGCAUUAACCCUUGAUCUAUUAAUACUGCACUUGAAGUACACUUAAGUACGUAAGUGAUUUAGGUAUGUAUAUAGAUUUUAACGGACAAUUCACAAUUUUUACUUACGGCUCGGUUACUUAGUUUGUCAAUACUGCGAUAUAUGCCUUUAAAAAGUUAUCCAUACUCUCUACUAUUGACAAAAAAUCUAUAUGACAAAUUUUUACUUAUACCAUGUCAGGUCUCAGGUCUCAAGCCAUGCUAAAGUUGAGUACCUAUUUAAAAAAAAUGCCUACUUCUAUAGUCAAUACAGUUUCUUUUCAAUAAACAAGUUGUGGCUACUAUUUUACAAGUAUACUUUUCUCAUAACUGUACUGGUAUAGCAAGUUCUAACGAAGUCUUAAGCAGCAUUUUUCAUUAUUUACAUUUGAUUCUUAUCCGUGAAACGGCUCAGACAUUUGUUUAAAUUUAUUAAAUUGUGAAAAUGAAUUGUCUAAUUACGAUUUUGACCAUAUGUACAUUACUGACUGCUUGUAAUGGAGAUCGGCCCAGUAACUAUGAAAUUAGCAGAAACCAAAUAGGCACAGGCAAAAAUGGUUUCGGAGUAAAAGACAUAUGGAACUAUUUAUUAGGCUAUGGUCAAUAUGGGCAGUACCCCGGACAAUAUCCAAUUGGACCGGGACAAUACCCGGGUAACCAGUAUCCAGGGCAAUAUCCGGGUAACCAAUACCCAGGUCAAUAUCCUGGCAACUUCUACCCGGGUCUAGAAGGCCCGCCAGGUGCCCAUCCUGGGUGCCCGCUAUGUGACUCAUCAGUCUACAGUUACUGCUCUCAUAAACAAGCCCAUGACUCUUGCUGUUGCGGAAAUCAAGCAUAUCUACCAUACUCCUGCCGUAAAACAAACUGCAAUUUCUUCCACGCCAACUCUUGUGAAGAACACCAUCUCAUUACCAACUGCUGCUGUGUCGAUCUUCAGAAAAGCGCUGGGGCAUCGGUUGUUCCUGUGGCUGCUGUACCAGUUGUGGUUUAAGAAGAAUCAUAUAUCAAAGCAAUUUGACUGAAUAUUUGGCUGUUCUCAUAGACAUCCUUAUGCACAUUUAUAAUUAUUAAUAUAUCUACCUAUAAUAGUAGCUAUGUGUAAAAACUAAGAUUAGGUAGAUAUAUAAUUAACCACUGAUCAAAUAGACAUCAAUGUUUCAUAACCUUGCAGAAACAAGUAAUAAAUAUAGAAUUGUAAAUUAACAUAAACUUUGAAAUAAAUUAACUGUAAUGAAAAGUUAUUUACUUACUGAGUCAGUGUCUUGUACCUUUUUACCCGAUUACUCAUAUGAUUAGAAUAUGAUAUUUGUUAAAAGAAAUGUUUUACUUAUGAACAUACUUGUAUGGAAAAGUGUUGGAAGUAAAAAAAUAAAACAAAUAUUUACCUCA